UCAGAGCAACUACAUGGCGCUGCAGAGGAUCAACCAGGAGCUGGAGGACAAGCUGUACCGCAUGGGCCAGCACUAUGAGGAAGAGAAGCGAGCGCUGAGCCAUGAGAUUGUUGCCCUCAACAGCCACCUGCUAGAGGCCAAGGUGACCAUCGACAAGCUGUCGGAGGACAAUGAGCUCUAUAGGAAGGACUGCAAUCUAGCGGCCCAGCUGCUGCAGUGCAGCCAGACCUACGGCAGGGUCCGUAAGGUGUCCGAGGUAACGUCAGCCCCGCCCCAGGGAGGCCAGCCCUCGCCCCAGGACUACUCGGGGCUCCUUUUCUGCAGGUCCCACCCCAAGGCCACUUCUCCCCUUUGAGGGGAAGGCGCUGGGUGAGCCUGGAGCCCCCAUCCCUCCUUACUCCUGCAAGUAUCCUGGCUUUUCUGAACAUGGUGGAGGGCCACCCCCCACACACACCUCCUCAUCCAUCUGGGACAGCCUGCCCAUUCCCUUUGGUUUCCUCUGGGGGCUGCUCCUUGUCCCUGCUCCAAGGCCUCAGUCCACUGUGCACUGAUGGGGCAGAGUGAUCCCGACACGGGGGUGACUCAGCCAAGGCCCCAGGGCCCCCCACCCCUGCCAGGCUGCCCCAGCUCCACGCACUGCCCUCACCCAGACCUUGGUCCUCCGUGUCCCCUCUCGCCUGGGCCUGGGCCACACCUAAGACACUCACAAAAUAGAUCAAACAGUAGUGGGACGGCCCCAUGAGGCACCAGGGGCUGGUGCAGAAGCCGCUGGUCGCCUGGCCCUGAGUCUGUGUUGCAUCUGAGUCUGUCUUGUUCAGGAGCACCCAGGCCUCAUGACCCAGCAGGGGUGCCCCCGACAGACCUCAGGGCUGGGAGAGCAAGUAAGCCUCUUGGUGGGAGGAAAUGAGGGGGGCUGCAGCCCCGAGAAGGGCCCAGGUCAGACCCUGGUUCCACCCUCUGGGCUCUUCAGGCCCAGUUGUUGUGGGCUGGGGAGACACAGGUGACCGGGGGUCCUCGGGCGAGUCUCAGGAGCUUGUGACAUACAGAGUCCUGGGUGCUGGCUCUAGCCGGUGCAGUUUGAGAAGCCCUGGGCAGGUCCCUCUUCUUCCAUGUGUGCAUCUGUUGGUCACGGUCAGGGCUGCAGGUGCCAGGCUGACUGCUACCCCUG